AUGGCCGAUUUUACCAAGCUCUCGAUUGCAGAGCCCAGCAAUGGCCUUCGCUUCGACUUUGUCGUGGUCCACGACAAAGAGGUGUACUCCCACGACUCGUUGAAGUACCUCUCCAGUUUCCGAAGUGCAGGGCCCUUUGCCGCCUUGACCUCGGUAUUGUUGUCCAGGGCUCUUUGCACAACGUUAAAGUCCAAGACGAAGCUCCCAGCAGCCCCUCGACGUCCGCCAUGGAACGCUCUCCAAGGCUCGGAAUCCCCAGCCCCUUGA